AUGUGGCCAUCAUUGCCGUCCACCGACUCCUUUGCGAGGCCGCGCCUAGUGGCCGCCGCAGCGCUGUCCACCAUCGCCGUCGCCUCCGCUAGCUACUAUUAUUUCUACAGCGAUGCCUCGCGCUUCGGCCAUGCCGGCACCGGCCUCCACCGAAGCAAUGCGGUACGACGAGCCCGGCGCGGGUCCCGUCGCUCGACCCCUGCACCACGCGAAUCGAGCCCAGCCCCGUCUACGGCGUCGACCGAUGAGGCCGCGGCCGAACAAAACAACCAGCAAGAGGUGGAGGAGACCGUAGUCGACGACGACGGCCAGAAUGGCGUGGAUGAAUGGUACAACGAAGCGCCCACGCAGCGGGCGGGCCACAACAUCGUCACCCUGCUCUUCCGCGUCUCCGAGGACAAUUCGCGGCGCAAUGCGUGUGUGCAUCGCGGCUGCCAAUGUAACUCAUGCAGCAUGGCGCCCAUCCGCGGAAUCCGGUACCGGUGCGCCACCUGCGCCGACUUUGAUCUCUGCGAGUCUCAAGGUGCCCGCGCCCCCUCGAUCCUCCGCCAGACGCAGCCCGUAUGGUACACGGGCGACCCGGACUCGGUACACCGCAUCCUCGGGCGGACGCUGAUGGCCAAGCUGUCGCGAGAGACUGGGUUCGAGCGGCCCGAGCUCGAGGCCUACUGGGAGCAGUGGACGUACAUGGCGAAUACCGAGUGGAGGGACGACCCAGACGAGCUCAACCUGGCCAUGGACCGCAAGACAUUUGAGCGCUGCCUGAUACCGUCGGGGGCCUCGCAGCAUAUGGCGCCGAACCUCAUCCAUGACCGCAUGUUUGCCUUUUACGACACCAACAACGACGGCCUCAUUGGCUUCACGGAAUUCCUACACGGCGUGGCGUUCCGAAACAGACGCGACAAGCUGGAACGGGUCUUCCGCAGCUACGACAUCGACAAUGACGGAUACAUUGACCGCAAGGACUGCCUGCGCAUGUUCCGCGCCUACUACGUCCUGUUCAAGGGCAUGCACAAGGAUGUUUUGGACGGCCUCGACGAGCAGGCCAUGGCGAGCACCGAAGCCCAACAGCUCGUCGCGAGCCGCCAGCCCCUCAGCAGCCUGUUUGGAAGAGAACUCACUCGCAUGCCCCCGCCGACUACAACCCGGAUCGACUCAACGGCAAGACGCCAGAUCCUCAACCGCAUAUUCAUCAAUGAUGCGGAAACGGCGGAGAAUACCCGGCGCAUGACUGCCCCCGCCCAGUACGCCGAGGGUCUCUUCCAUCCUUUGAGCAACAUUUCCGCCGUCCAGGCGCUACUAUCCUCGCUCGAGGAGGGAACCCUCACUACAGAUCACCUCUUUACUAACUCGGACCUCGCAUCUGCUACGCCGCCAGAGGGCGAGUCGCCUCCCAACGAGAGUCAGAACGACGGCCAGGAUAUGGACUCCCCGCAGAGGCAUCCACUCCCGUGCACGGCGACGAGCUCAACCAUGCAAACGGGCAACGGCGAAGGAGAGAUACACGUUAGCAUCUCAGCGUCUCAGCAGUUGCAGGACCGCGUUGAGCAGGACAGAUCCAUCAGGCGGCGCGCCCGUCGGCGGCUCCACGAGCGCUGGAGGAGACGACACUUUUUCCUAGACGAAGAAGAGGGCGCGAGGGCGCCUCGCGGGUUCGACGACAGCGAGGACCUCUUGGCACGGGCUAUUGAGGACCUCGAGAGGGCCAAGGAGAAGCAGCGGGCGUCGGAGGCGGAGGCGGAGGCAGAAGAGGAGGGCACGGUACCCUCGCCCACGGGCGGAGACGCGCUCCAACGUCUCGGCAUCGUCUCGGGUGGUGGCGGACAAGUGGGGGCCAUGGAGAUUCCGGAGGCGGAACGCGACGCGGGCAAAGAGAUCCUGUACCAGGUGGCGCAGCAGGCGUUCAACGACCUCCUCGACGUCCUCUUCAAGGAGAAGGAGACCAUGACGAUACAGGUUGCGAAGUCGCGGGAGGACCGCGAGAAGUACGCGGAGCUCAUUGCCGCGUAUGAAGAGGAAUCGGAAGAGGAGGAAGAGGAGGAGCCCGCGGAUCUUGAUAUCCAGUCGAUCAAUGAGGAUAGCUUGGUGGAUGUCGAGACUGAAGAAGAGGUGGCUGCUGCUCCUGCGCCCGUGCCCGUGGCCGAGCCCGUGGCCGAGCCGAAGCCUGAGGCACAGGUGGAGGAGGUUGAACAGCCGGACACAGCGGCGGGAGAAGAGGUGGCGGCGGCGCCGGCGACAGAUGUUCCGGAUCGCGCGGAUCAAACGGAAACGACAGACGCCGAGGCUCAGGUAGGCGAGGAGCAAGAUGCGAACAAUGAGUUCGUUGUCGACUCGCCAGUCGAGGCUACCGAGUCGGUUGAGGAGUGGCGUGAUCCUACGUUGCCUCAGUUCCGGCCAAAUAGCGAGUCUGAUAUUCUGACGGCCGCCACGCUCAAGACCCUGGAUGAAGUCGAGGCCAAAGAAGGGGAAGACGAUGCGCGGGAGAGUAAAGAAGCCCAGGCGCACGAAGGGGGUGCCAAUGGCGAUGACAACCACGCGCACGAGCACGACCACGAUGGUGGCAACAACGAUGAAGUAGAGGUCGCGGCGGCGGCGACGGCCUCUGCGCACGAGGAGUCCCCGGCGACGGUGGAGCGCCGGCAGCGAAAGGAGGUUGAGGACAAGUAUAACGACACGUUUGCCAACGUCAUGGCGCGGUGGAAGCAGUGCGCGGAGGCGGAGGAGGAGGCGCUGGCGCGGGAGGCUUUGGCAAACAAGAGCAACGCUGGGGUGCGUGGCCCUAUUGGCCGCGCGAGCCAGGGCAGAGCAGACUGCGAGGCCGCCGAUGUUACGCCUAUCCUGGUGGCUCCCGACGGAGCCGAACAUGCCUGCUCCGUGCUUGAGAGUGGCAAGGAUGCAGUUGGACAGAGAUCAAGCUGCGAUAUUUCCUACGCCGACAUGGGAUCCGGCCAAUGGACAAUCGUCAUCCAAGGCGAAGAAUUCGCCGCCUCCUUCCAGCGCAGAUUCGAGCUCAAGUCUACAGCCCCCGAGAAGACUGUCGUGACUGUGACCCCAACCGUCACCGUCGAAAUCACUUCCACCGCAAGAGCGCAUACCAAGACGGACACAGCCUGGCAAACCCUCACCCGCAGCACGCAAGCCCGUCCCGUGACCGCCUCGUGCGCCCAGUCCACCCAAAUGGUCACCCACUACGUCGCCGGCCCCACCGAAGUCGUCACUACCACUUUUGAGCGCUGGUCCGACCGGGACGCCUCUACCGAGUACGUCCGUACCACCGCCAUACAGUCAGCCUACUGCCACUAUCCCGAGGGCGCGCAGACCCCAGCGCCGGAUGAGACGCCGGAGGUGCCGGAGCCGCAGCCCGGAGAUGAGUGCGGUGGAGACUGCCAGCCGUGGCCCCAGGAGUCCGAAGCCAUCGUACCUCGACACCUCGUCGACCGCGGCGUGGCUGCCGCCGCCGCCAUCACGAGUACCGUCUACGCCAGCGAGACCGCCACCUCCACCAGCGUUAUCACGAAAGCCCCGCGGACUGUCACGGAGACAGCUCACAAGAAGCCGCCUCUAGUUUACUCGACCAAGACCGAAAACGUCGAGAUCGCUCCCGAGACGGUAUGCGCCAACCAGGGCGUCGCCACUCUUACCACCGUCAUCCGCGGCGAGCCCACGACAGAACUCCACGCCACCUACAUUACCCACUGGGCCACCCCCGUCGUCACAGCCUUGUAA